AUGGGCUGCAAAGUGUCGGACACCAAAUGCUACCGUAAGGCGAGGCCGUGUCGGGGCUUCAUUCGGGACACAAUUCUCGACUGGGAUCAGGAUUUGCCGCGCAAUGAACUUCGUUGGGCCGACAAGUACUCCCGUGAGUGCGAUUUGGCCAUCUGUUUGGGCACAACCCUUCAGAUAGAACCGGCGGGUUCUCUGCCUUUCCUCACUAAGAAAGUCAAUUCGGGUCGCGUUGUGAUCGUUAACCUCCAACCGACCAAAUUUGAUCCCAAAGCAGAUCUUGUAAUCCAUGACUACGUCGACAACGUUAUGACUCUUCUCUGCAAAACGCUUGACGUAAAGCUGGAGACAUACGACCCCUCGUCGGACCCGAUAAAGACCAGACCGUCGAUGGAAUGGCGCCGAUAA